AUGAUCGACAGUACUGCGGUGGACCAGGUUGACUUGGUAGAACUGGAGGCGGAACCGACGCCAGCCGCCGCCUUGCCACCACCUCAGCCCCAGAGGACGCACCUUGUGAUAGCAGAGUCGGCUGGCGCAAGUGGCAGCGGUGGUCAACGCGGUGGAUCAGUGCCCACGGUACACUUUGCCGGAAGAGUUCAGUGGCCCAAUGAGUUGGCGGCAAACGCCGCCAGUCACAGUGCACAUUCCCGGUCACUGGGCUGUCUGCCAGGCGACCCGCAGACGCCGGCGAGCCCUUCUGCCAUCAUUCGAAGUCGACAGAGCAACCGCCGAGUGAUGCUCAACGUGGGCGGUGUCAAACACGAGGUCAGCUGGCGGACGUUGGACCGACUGCCGCGAACACGACUGGGCCGCCUGCGAGAGUGCGUCACCCACGAGGCACUGGUGCAGAUUUGCGAUGACUACAACCUGGCGGAGAAUGAGUACUUCUUCGAUCGACACCCUCGCUCCUUCGGUGCCAUACUCAACUUUUAUCGCACAGGAAAGCUGCACAUGGUGGAGGAGAUGUGCGUCAUGGCUUUUAGCGACGACCUCGAGUACUGGGGCGUCGACGAGCUGUACCUGGAGUCCUGCUGCCAGCACAAGUACCACCAGCGGAAGGAGCACGUUUUUGAGGAGAUGCGAAAGGAGGCAGAAUCGCUACGACAAAGAGAGGAGGAGUACUUUGGCGAAGGCAAACUUGCAUACUACCAAAAGUUCAUCUGGGACCUGCUUGAAAAGCCAACGUCGUCGUUUUCAGCGCGGGUAAUCGCCGUAGUGUCCAUUCUUUUCAUUAUUUUAUCUACCAUUGGCCUGACACUAAACACCAUUGAUAGCUUCCAAGAAGUUGAUCCAGUGACCAACGAUAAAGAGGAGAACCACAAGUUGGCAAUGAUUGAGGCAGUGUGCAUUACUUGGUUCACAUUAGAGUACGCCUUGCGUUUUGCCUCUUCACCCAACAAGUGGAAGUUCUUCAAAGGUGGCCUCAAUAUCAUUGACCUCCUCGCCAUCAUGCCUUACUUUGUGUCCCUUUUUCUCGCCGAUGUCAACAAGGGUCCUGGCUCUGAACAGUUUCAAGAUGUGAGAAGAAUAAUUCAAAUUUUCCGAAUUAUGCGCAUUCUUCGCAUCCUCAAACUUGCUCGACAUUCCACUGGCUUGCAGAGUCUCGGUUUUACAUUGAAGAACAGCUACAAAGAGCUGGGCCUGUUGAUGCUCUUCCUCGCCAUUGGCAUUAUGAUUUUCAGUAGUCUAGCUUACUUUGCCGAAAAGGACGAACCAAAUACCAAGUUUAAGUCUAUUCCGGAGACUUUCUGGUGGGCCAGCAUCACAAUGACAACCGUGGGAUACGGUGACAUUUUCCCAAUAACAAUCUUUGGCAAGAUUGUCGGUGCAGCAUGCUGCAUUUGCGGCGUACUGGUCGUUGCACUACCCAUUCCAAUCAUUGUGAAUAAUUUUGCAGAGUUUUACAAGAAUCAAAUGCGACGUGAAAAAGCUUUAAAAAGAAAAGAAGCUCUGGAGCGUGCAAAAAGAGAGGGGUCCAUUGUUUCCAUUCAGCAUGUCAAUUUGAGAGAUGCGUAUGUGAAAUCUAUGGAUCUAAUAGACGUCCUUGUUAAUGAAAGCCAAAAUCAACAAGCUAGCGUCGAG